AUGUCUGGUAAUGUCCACCCUUCGACACGCGGUGUCCACUCGAGUUUUCAGUCAGAUUCCACUUCCGACUCAGCAAAUAUGGACGCCGAAGCUUCAAUCCCUCGGAAAAGCAGCCUGGCCACGCCAGCUUCCUCUUUUGUUUGUAGUCAGUGUCCUAAAUCGUUCAAUAGGCGCGAGAAUUUGAGUCGUCACAUGAAAACCCACGAUGUUCCUCGGACUCACAUUUGUCAAAUAUGUGAAAAGACUUUUACUCGGAGUGACUUACUAAAAAGGCAUGAAGCCGGCCAUGAACGAUGGGACAAAAAAGAACCAAAGUCUGAAGGCCGAAGAGGAUCGGUGAAGCGAAGGAAGACUUCUGAAGAUCCGGAAAGCCACGACAACCUUGAAAAGUUCAAUUGGACGCCUACAAGUCGAUCAGAAUCAGCUCAUUUAUCUCCAAUGCAAAGUGGUCCAUCAUUUCCGACGGAAACGGUAACGGCAAAUUACUCAACUUCUUUUCAAGAGCCUACUGGGAUAAAUAUACCGUUCCUCGAAGCGGCACCGAGAUCAUUUGGGGCAGGCCAACAACUAAAUAUCAACAACAAUGUACCCCAAUCAAUGCCAGUACUUGGUUUCUUACCCCAGGAGACGCAUUCUUUCACGCAGCAAUACCGAGAUCCAUACCAAGACACUACACUAGACCACCAGUUUCCUACGAAUCCUCUUGGUGUAAUGGGAUAUUCUUAUCAGAUACCCUUCAGUCAUACUUCCUAUUUGCAACCGGAGAACAACCCAUUGGGAAAUGCGUGGGUUUCUAACGACUUAUAUGCUACCAUGGUUGAAACCGGAAACGAAUGGGAAAAUACUGGAAAGCUUUUUAAUCAAAAUGUUCCCGUCUCAGAUUCUAUACAGCAACAUUUUAGCAAUAUUAAACUGGACAAUUCAGGUCCAACUUCUACAAUGCCAGCUAGCGAGCCUCAUUUUGAAUACCGUCAACCCAAAAAUGAUAUAUUGGAAUCUGGGCCAACACAAUCUGCAAGUGUUGCAAGCGUUUUUUCACCCCCAAAUCUACCCUGGAGUGAAGAUAAAUGGCCUUCAUCGUGGAAUCCGAGCUUAGAUCCAACUGCAAUUUUGGAAGCUGAUCCAAUUGAUCUACCGUUUGAUCAUCCUCUAUUUCAAGACCACAACCCAAGAUACGAUAUUUCAGAGUCGACAUAUUACAAAAUGCGAGAUUUCUUGAUAUCUCCCGUUCAUGAAGUCCCUCACAGAAAACCACUUUUUACAAUGCCACCGUUAUAUGUGGUCAAUAUAUUCAUUGGCCUUUACUUUAAGCAUUUCUCACAUCAAGUACCUGUACUGCAUCACCCGACCGUGGAUACCAAUCAACUUUCUCCCCCAUUAUUAUCUGCCAUGAUGAUUAUUGGAUCUACUUACAGCCAUGUUAAGAAUGGAAGACGACUAGCCAUCGUUUUAAUUGAAGUUAUCGGUUGGCAUUUGCUCGCCGCCAUUCGUCUAGAUAUGAGCUUAAUUCGAAAUCCUAUGACAAUUUUUACCGAAGCCUUACUCAUCCAUAUGGGAUUAUGGUGUGGGAACAAGCGUGCAUUCAGCGUAUCCGAGUCUUUCAAAGGUCAUGCUGUUUCCCAUAUGCGUCGUUUAUACGAAAGUGAAAAGUCGACUUUGCCAAAUAGAUAUUCUUCUGCGGACCAAACAUUGAAAGAUCCCCAAGUUCAAUGGAAACGAUGGAUCGACGAGGAAUCUCUUAAUAGGCUUUACUGGGUUGUCUAUGCAACUGAUCGCCAAUUCUCCGCGCUUUGGAACCAAUCGUCAGCAAUGACAAUUGGCGAAUUGGUAGAUGUCAGCUGUCCUUGCGAUGAAGUCUUUUGGUGUGCUUCUUCUGCCAGCGAUUGGAAUUUCGCGCUUGGAUCUGCGAAAGUACCACAGUCUUUAUCAUUUGCAGCUGCUAUUGGACCUUUUCUCUUUUCUCCCACUCCAUCCUCGUCUAUACCCUCCUCGGGUCGUUUCUUGACAGGAGAGGAGCCUAUAUUUCAACCCCACCACCUUCCAUUGCCGAAUCUUAAUUCAUAUACCGCAUUUCUUGUUCUCCUCGAAAUUCAACGUCAGAUAUUUGAUGCCUCACAAGAAUCUCUAGUUGCUAGCAAAUUCAUCAACAGCCAAAUCUCAUCAGAAAUCUACGAAAGUCCACCCAGUCAUGAUCCUGCUUCAUCUCUUUCACAGGCCCUCAGAUCCCGCGUUUCUGCGAGGAGACAAGAACUAGCCUACACGCUUAACCGCUUUUCCAAAACUUAUUUACGGCCUCAUUUGACUAUCCCCCAUUCCACAUCGCAUAUUUUCCACCACAUCUGUAUUGUUCAACACCACAUCACAAGUCUUUUUCUCCAUAUUCCUUUUACCGAUCUAUUAAAUGCGAUUGGAAAAUCGAGUCAGACGGGUAUUGUGCGUGCUCUAGAAAGGUUGAGAUUAUGGGCACAAGAAGAUCCAGAAUUGGCUAUUGAUGUAGCCGUCCGAGCCGCUACUGCAAUCAUGGAAUCGAACAGAGAUCUUAAUGCGGAUGUGACAGGUCGAGAAAAAGGAAGCGAGGCAUCCAAGGGAACAAAAAGUGGCAUGGUAGAUACAGGGGUUUACGGAGCCUCAUUAUUAAUGAUGACCCAUGUCAUUCUUUGGGCUUUCGCACAAGUUGCGGAUAAAAAGCAAAAAGAUGGUCUGAUGAAGAGACUGAGAGGAAACAAAAACACAGCAGACGACGCAUUUUUGGAGAUAUUAGGAAGUGAAUUGAUGGAUGAAGAGAAUAGUGAGGAAUUAAGUGGUAAGGGAAAGAAUAUAGACCCGGGAAGACCAAAAGUGAAAGGAGUGUCGAGAUCGCUAUUUAAAAGUGCAGCGGAUACGCUGAUGCGAUUUGGCACUUGGGGAGUUGCGCUCGACAUGGCAAUGUUACUACGCUUCAGAGCGGAAGGUUAG